AUCAUAUCGACAACAUGAUGCCUCGAAAUAUAGUUCAAGAACCGAUCAUGGGUUCCUAAACCUUUUUGGCCUGUAUUGUAUUUUCUCCUCUUGAGGUGUAAGCAUCCUAGUCAGAGGUGUAAACACCUCGGUUGUUCAAGGCAAACUCCUACUUCGAGUAAUUCAAGGCACAUUUUGAACAAGGUAGGUCAGCAAACCAAGUAGAAGCUACGUUACGUAGGGAAGUUGGGAACUGGUGGCACAUGAUUGCAUCUCCAGCAUAUGAUCAUUUGGUGGCUGCAAAUGUACUCCACCGGAUCAGUGGUACCACCGUCUAUGCCCAGUUGCGAAGGUAUCUUAUGAACCGGUAGAGGUGCUUUCAUUAUCUCAUUGUAGAACUUCUGGCCUAGCACAACUUCCUCAGUUGAAAUAUAGACCCCACCGGUAGGAUAAGUUAUGACGAUCACUAGCGUUGACUAACUAUUGUGUCAUUGUUUCUUAUGGAUCUGUGAUUAAGUUUCUUUAAAGGCCGUAAUUAGGAUUCCGAUUAUGUGUAAGGAGGAGACUAAGAUGAUGUAAGUUUCGUUUAAGAGGCAUAGGAUCACUAAAUACUUAAACGAUGUAACAAGAAACCCGUCGUACUAUUCGAUACAUAUUAAAAUAUAAAUAAUAAAAUAACAAAACAGUAAAGCUGCCCUCAUGUACCUCACUGCUUGCCUCGUAAGCCGAAAUAAUUUCUUUCAACAUCAAACCCUCCAAUGGUAUUAAGCGACAAAGCUUCAGUAGCGACAAAGCUUCAGUAAGUGGUGGAUUUUGGUUCAUGAGCAGUUCCUUAAAUGAG